AUGAGUAGUAAGAUUAGAGAAAAGAUCAAUAAAGCUACUUCUUCCUCCUUGAGAGAAGAUAACUGGCAAUACAUUCUAGAUGUAUGCGAUGCCAUUAGGAAAGAUCCAGAGGACUAUGGGAAUCAAGCCGUUGAGUGUAUCCUUAUGAACUUGAAACAGAAUGAUGCUAAUGUGAUAAUGAGAACCUUAUCUUUGAUUUUAUCCAUGGCAGAAAAUUGUGGUUCACGGAUUAAACAACAGAUCGACAAUAAGAGAAUAAUCGCUGUGUUGAACGAUUUAAUCGAGAAUCCCAUCGUUCAUGUAACUGUGAAGACUAAACUCGUUGAAAUUGUUAGACAAUUAUCAAAAAGUUUCAAGUCUGAUCCUUCUUUGCGUUAUAUCAGUGAUUUUUACAAACAAAUCAAAUCAAAUAGAAAAUAUAGUCAUUUGAUUACAAAUGUAAAGAGUAAGUCGGCUUCAAGUACUAGAAACGUUAGACCACCAUCUGAUAUUAAUUUACGAUCAAAUGAUGAAGAUGAAGACUUUCAAAAAGCUUUACGAUUAUCAUUAAGGGAAUUCGAAGUUGAAAAAGAGAAAAAUGAAUCAAAAGUAUCACAAUCUCAACCAGAAAUGCAAGCACAAACACACACGCAAGCCUUACAGCAAUCGCAAAUACUACAGCAAAACGGUCAGCCGCAAAAACCUAAUAUUAUUAGAAAAGUGAGAGCCAUGUACGAACUUAUAUCACAAGAAGAGAAUGAAUUAUCUUUUAGAAAAGGUGAUGUUAUAACAGUCUUAGAACAAGUUUAUAGAGACUGGUGGAGAGGCACAUUGCAUGGAAAAAUUGGUAUUUUCCCAUUAAAUUAUGUAACUCCGAUAAUAGAGCUCUCCAACGAAGAUAUAAUAAAGGAGAACCAACAAGAAAAUAAUAUAUUAUCUCAGAAAGCUAAUAUCGAUCAGUUACAAGAUUAUUUACAAAAUAUGAAAAACACUGGAGAUUUGAAUUUGCAAGACCAACAAGUUAAUGAUUUAUAUGGUUCCGUUACCCCAUUGAGACCACAAAUCGCCAAGAUGAUUGGUAAAUAUUCUCAAAAGAAAGAUGAUCUGACAUCUUUGCGUCAAGUAUUAGCAAAUGCAGAAGUUGAUUAUAACAAACUAUUAGAUAGAGCAGCAAGCGCUUAUAUCCCACCACCUACGCCACAAAGUCAAGUUUACCAAUCAGCAUACGAUAAUAGAGUUGAGUUACCACAACAACCGGCUCAAAUAAAUUCAAACAUGGCACCGCACACACUUCAACAACCAUAUAAUAACUAUCCACAUGCACCACAACAGAUAUCAUCGCAAUAUAUGCCCCCACAACAGGUACAAUCACAAAAUAUUCCAUCACAACUACAAUACAGUAUCCAAAACCAACAAUAUCCACAAUAUCAAAACCAGAAUUUACCACAGCCACAACCACAACCACAAAAUAAUCAAUAA